CAGCAGAGUGGGGAAAGUAAAGAGACGGACGUCCACCUCAGCUGGUGUCGAUGUGAAAAGGAAAAGCAGGACGCCGGACGAAUACGAGCUGACGUGCCGCUUGCAUUUAUCUCAUCCGCAUUUAAAAUCGCCCUUUCAUUAUUCAUUUUUAUUUACAGUGUGGUAGGAGUUUUAUGAUAUCCUAAUAUGCAGACAAGACACUUAUUCAUCACUCUAAGCUGCUUAGUUAGUCUUCAAAGAGCCUCGUCUGUGGAAAUUCUACGGCCAAGAGGAGUUUCUGUGACAAAAACUUCGCUUUAUGACCCAGAGAAAAACUUCACUUGCUUUGAUGGGUCGUUAACCAUCCCCUUUGUGCAAGUGAAUGAUGACUUCUGUGAUUGCCCGGACAGCAGUGAUGAGCCAGGCACAGCCGCCUGUCCCAAUGGAUUAUUUCACUGCACCAACGCAGGCCAUCAACCCAUGGAUCUGCCCUCAUCUCGUGUGAAUGAUGGCAUUUGUGAUUGUUGUGAUGCAACGGAUGAGUUUGAUGGGCAAGAGAAGCUGGGUGGCGGGCACUGCACAAACACGUGCCAGGAGAUGGGCCGGGCGGCGCGUGAACUGGCGCAACGGCUGGCGGAAAUGCAGAAGCGCGGUGCCGAGGUGCGCAAGGAAAUGGCACGCAAGGCUGCUGAGCUCAAAGCUGGCAAGUCAAGUCGACUUGGCCAGCUAAGAAAGGAUCAGGAGGAGGCUGAGGCGCUCAAGGCCGAGAAGGAGGCCAUCAAGAAGCAGGCGGAGGAGCUGGAGACAGCCGCACUGGCCGUCUACAGGGAAGCUGAGGAGCUCGAGAAGGAGCGGCGGGCGCAGCUCAGCAAGGAGGAGAACGAGAAGGAGGCCAAGAGCAUGUUUGAACUGUUUGACGCCGACAAAGACGGCCGAAUUUCCAUCCCAGAGCUGAUGACCAAGCAAGAGUUUGACCAGAACCGUGAUGGUCAAGUUACCAAUGAAGAGGCCAGGUUCUUCCUUAAUCAAAACGAGGAGGUUGGAGAGGAAGCAUUUAUCACUGAAUGCUGGCCCCGAAUGAAGCCAUUCUACAUGAUGAGCACUGGAAAGUACAUUCCACCUGGGGAGGAGCCAAACACUAAUGAAGAAACAGAGGAUCCCGAGAACUUUGAAGCUGCGCAGGAUGAUGACAACAACCUUGCGGAACAAACGGAGGAGCCAGUUGAUGCUGUUGAGACUGAAGAAAACCCUGAAGAGGAUGUUGAUGAUGGAGAGCAUGAAGACGAAGAAGAAGGUGAUCAAGACAAGGAGGAAGAGGAUAGUGAUCAUGAAAAGGAGGGAGAAAAGUCCUUCUCUGAAGUUCAGUAUGAUGCAGAGACGCAAAGACUUAUUGAUGAUGCGGCCAACGCCAGGCAUGAGUUUGAGGAGGCCGAUCGGGCGCUGCGUGAUGUAGAGCGCGAGAUUCGGCAGAUUGAGGAGUCUCUGGACAAAGACUAUGGUAUCGACGGCGAGUUUGCCGCACUCGAAGGCGAAUGCUUUGAAUAUACCGACCGAGAAUACACCUACAAACUCUGUCCAUUUGAUCAGGUUACACAAAGGCCUAAAAAUGGUGGAGGAGACACCAGACUCGGCACAUGGGGCCACUGGGCUGGCUCAGAGAGUGACAGGUAUUCAAACAUGAUGUACACCAACGGCCAAUCUUGCUGGAAUGGACCCCAACGCUCAACCAAAGUGGAGUUAUCUUGUGGAACGGAAAACCUGCUGAAGGCAGUUAGCGAGCCGAACAGGUGUGAGUACAAGUUUGAGUUUGAAACGCCCGCCGCCUGUCACAUCUCAGAAGACGCGAGUUCCAAAGGCAUUCAUGACGAACUUUAAACAAUGUCUUCAUUUAAAGCAAACGCACUCAUAAGAUUUUUUUGUUCAAAAUCGUGUUUUUUAUUAUUUAAAUGUGUAAGCCAUAAAAGAUAAAUUAUGAUUCUUUUGUUCUCCACAUUCCCUUCUUGCUGUAAAUAAAGGAAUAUUUUUCCAACUGAGAA